UUCCCAGUGGUCAUUCAUAAGUAUUAUUUCAAAAGGUGUCUUAGUAUCUGUUUACUAUUGGUCAACUGAAACUGAGUUCAUUGGUAAAAUGCAUAAGGUAGGUAUUUUGCUUCGGUGCUUGUCCCUGUAAGCCAAAUGUCAAACAUAAAGUAGCCUACACGUGGUAUGCUAGAUUUUGGUGAUCUGAUAUCACCAAACGUAUAACAUGCAUCCUUGAUUCUUGAUAAAAUGAUUCUUCAUUAAAAAAAAUCUUAAAUGAUAGGAUGUCAAGAUCUGUGGUUUUAUUCAAUGAGUUAGUUUGUACCGUAGUUGAAAUGACAAUGUUCUAGUGCUGUGUACUCCAAGAAAAUAUGUUGCGCGUUUACACGAUAUUUUACUGCAGAGCUACUGAACUUUCACCCUCAUCUGUGAACUGGUAGUGGGAUGUGGGUUGUUCCUGUUGAUGCUGGGCUCUGCUAGUUUAAUCUGAAGAAUGCAAAUUCAGUGUUGUCACUUAAUGACAAUAUUCUGUCUGAAGUAAUGCAGCUUUAUCGUGCCAUCUUGCCGCAUCUUACGGAGGUUUUUGGUUUGAAAUGAGCUGGUCAUGGAGAAUCGAUGAGGCCUAAGCAGGAAAAGAGAGGGGAAGUGUCAAAUCGGACGAGAUGAAUUGAGCAAAUAACAGAUAUGUCAUCACAGCUUCAGGCAUUUUCCUCUCCAUCAGUGUCAUCUAGUGGCUACACCCGCUCCAAGCGGAUGAAGGUGGAGACCUGCGGGUGGGAUGUGAGCAGCCAGUCAGAAGAGAACCGUUUCUUUCUGCAGAGCCCAAGCCAAGCCAACGCAUCCUCAUCAACCCCCUCCGCCCCUGGCUUCAACUCCAGCAGCCAGAAUACCGCGGCCUCCAACCUGGUGUUCCCACUAACGACCGGGAGCGGCACCUCCCGGGAGCAGACGGUGGUCCGAGCAGCGGACAGCACCGGCAGUCUGCCCGGGGGUCCCUCCUCGUCCUCCUCUUCGUCCUCCUCAUCGUCCACAAGCCGCCGUCCCAAAGAUGUGGCCUCCUCCGCCACCCUGCAGGCUGAGCAUGGUAGCCAGAAGCCGUACAGCCGCAAGCGCAAGAGCGAGGAGGUGGACAGCAGUGACAGCGUGCAGAUCCUGGAGGAGCUCUCCGCCCCUGUGAUCUCCAACCGUGUGGCAGGUGGGGCGGGUGCAGCCGGAGGAGGAGGAGGCGGCGCCACCACGGCCCAGUCUAUCGCCCACUCCACCUCCACCACCAAGAGCAGUAACUCCCACAGCGAGGGGGACUACCAGCUGGUGCAACAUGAAAUCCUCUGCUCUGUGUCCCACAGCUAUGAGGUGCUGGAGUUUCUUGGCCGCGGCACCUUUGGGCAGGUGGCAAAGUGCUGGAAACGCGGCACCAAUGAGAUUGUGGCCAUCAAAAUCCUGAAGAACCACCCAUCUUAUGCUCGUCAAGGACAAAUCGAGGUGAGCAUUCUGAGCAGGCUUAGCACAGAAAACGCAGACGAGUUCAACUUUGUUCGCUCAUACGAGUGCUUCCAGCACAAGAACCACACCUGCCUGGUGUUCGAGAUGCUUGAGCAGAACCUCUAUGACUUCCUGAAGCACAGCAAGUUCAGCCCUCUCAGGCUCAAGUGCAUCCGGCCCGUGCUGCAGCAGGUGGCCACCGCCCUCCUGAAGCUCAAGAGCCUGGGCCUCAUCCACGCGGACCUCAAGCCCGAGAACAUCAUGCUGGUGGACCCCAGCCGCCAGCCCUACCGCGUCAAGGUCAUCGACUUUGGCUCAGCCAGUCACGUGUCCAAGGCUGUGUGCUCUACUUAUCUGCAGUCACGAUAUUACCGGGCUCCAGAGAUUAUCCUUGGCCUGCCAUUCUGCGAGGCUAUUGACAUGUGGUCACUCGGAUGUGUGAUAGCUGAGCUGUUUCUGGGUUGGCCUCUCUAUCCUGGAGCUUCAGAAUACGACCAGAUUCGCUACAUCUCCCAGACCCAGGGCCUUCCAGCUGAGUACCUGCUGAGCGCGGGCACCAAGACCAGUCGCUUUUUCAACAAAGGCCCAGACUCUAGCUAUCCUCUCUGGAGGCUCAAGACGCCAUCUGAACAUGAGGCUGAGAUGGGAAUCAAGUCCAAGGAGGCUCGUAAAUAUAUCUUCAACUGCCUUGAUGACAUGAUGCAGGUCAACAUGACUAGUCUGGACGGGACGGACAUCUUGGCAGAGAAGGCAGACCGGCGGGAGUUCAUCGACCUGCUGAAGAAGAUGCUCACUCUGGAUGCUGACAAGAGGAUCACCCCCAUGAAGACGCUCAACCACCCCUUUGUGACGAUGACCCAUCUGCUCCACUUCCCCCACAGCUCACACGUUAAGUCCUGUUUUCAAAACAUGGAGAUUUGUAAGAAACGGUGCACCGCCUUUGACAACGCGAAGAAUCUGUUUGCCACCACCAACACGCCCAGUGCCGCCACAAACCUCACAGUUACCUUCAGCAGCCAGCUCAAUCAGCACAACCAGAUGGCUUCCACCGGUGGACAGUCUUUGUCUCUGAGCAGUAAUGUGCCUCUGUUGAACUACCAGCCAGGCUUAUACCAGCAGGCCACCAUCAACAUACCGGGCCUGGCUCAGCAAAGUGUCCCCCUGCAGACCCGUCCCACCCAGCUGUGCACCCAGAAUGAGCCCUACCAGCAGACCCUCAUUGUCUGCCCCCCAACCAUCCAGGGCCUUCAAACAUCUAGUAAGCACUCUGGUUACCCAGUGAGGAUGGACAGCUCUGUUCCGAUUGUGUCCCAGAACCAGUCUUCUCAGCCGCUGCACAUUCAGCCUGGCAUGCUCACACCGGGCUCCUGCAACCCACUGAUGAUGACCCACACGCUGCUUCCGCACGUGGCAGGCAUGGGCCCCCUCUGUCCGCCAAUCCCUCUUGUGCUGGACCACGGGGCCGGCUGGCCUGGCAACCUGGAGCAGAGGGCCACCAUGCUGACCUGGCCAACAAGCACACAGCAGAUUCUCAUCCCCUCGGCUUGGCAGCAGAUGCCAGGCAUGGCCGUCCAUAGUUCCGGUCAGCAAGUGGUUGGUGAUUCGACUAUGGGCCCAAUGUUCACAGAUGGAGGACAGCAGAAUGCCAGCUGGAGGAAUCGUCAUGGUGGGCACUUUGACAGCAGCCAGCAGGAUGCUGCAGGGCGUCACAUGACCCAGACCAGCUCCCAGGCCCUGAACAUGGGCAACUCUCACAGCAGAGUUCAGCAGAGCGGAGGCAAGAGGAGCAAGGCCAGACGAGCCGAGAGCCGAGCCAGGCCAGUCUCCUCUCUACAGCCUGCUGCUACUGUGGUGCACAACCAUGGAUUCAGCGGGGACCAGUCUCAGGCAAUCGUCAUCUCCGAUACACCUAGCCCUGCCGUCAGCAUCAUCACCAUCCACAGCGACACAGAGGAUGAAGAUGACAGGAAGUUCCCACCGGCGAGUGUGGAUCAGAGGGCCAAUGUCAUCAGUUGUGUGACCGUCCAUGACUCCCAGGACUCCGACUCGUCCACCAGCAGCCCUCUGAGCCCCAAGCGUGUGCCCAACUUUGCGGAGAGCUCUUCUCACCUUUCCAAGUCAACGGCCGUCGUCAUGCCCUCAGUGAACACCCAGCCCGGGGAGAGCCCGAGUCAGGAUUUAGCUACUGCUACCUCAGGCAAGGGUAAGAAAGGUGCAGGUGCGCAGUCCAACAGAUCUGGAGCCUCCAACAGUGAGCGUCACCAGAGAACAGCGCCCAGCCGAGCCCAGCCCCUCAACCUGAGUCAGGUCCAGCAGGCCGCGAUGUCCUCUCAGGAACAUUCUGGAAGUGGCAGCAGCAGCUCGCUCCGCCGACAGCCCACAUUCCCCCCCACCACCAGUGCAGCCGUCUCCUCAUCCUCCUCAGCCUACCGGCUCCACGAGGCCUCGCUCUUCAGCACGGCCCCCAGCCUCUACGCCUACCCGGCCUCCACCGCGCUGGCCUCUGUCUCGCAAGCCGUGGACAAGCUCCACGCCGCCGCAGCCUCUUCUUCCUCCGGCCGCCACGCCCAGGUUUCCGCCGCCGCCGCAGCUGCUGGGCCGUUCUCGGCCUCCCUCAGCCUCCUGCAGAAGAACAACAGCCUGGGCCUCAUGGCUCAGGGGGCAGCACAGUACCAGCAGCAGGCGCAGCAGGCGCAGCAGCAGCAGCAGGCGCAGCAGCAGCAGCAGCAGCAGCAGGCGCAGGCCUACAGCCGCUCCAGCGCAGCCCACGGCUCCUACCACCUGAACCAGAGGAAGCUCAACCAUCAGUACCCCUACCUGUGAGGAGGCCCAGCGGCAGGGCCAAGCUGGGGAAAUGUUACAAGCGCAUUAAAUAUUACACCAACACAUGGUGUGCUUCAUUAUAGAAUGCACUGCGGGGACAGUUGGGCAUUUCAACUGGAAUUUCAUCAUUUCAUGAGCAUCAUUCUGUUGGUUGAUUUGCCCCCCCCCCCCCCCUACAAUUGUGUUAAUCCUUAUGUGCUUUUAUUGCUUUUAUUGGUCUCUGAAGACAAACUAUUGAAGCAUUUAUUUGUAUUUUCAUUUAGCUUAAGUGUACCGUUAAUCUCAGUCUGCUGCUUAUGUAUCAACUGACAAAACCAGUGUGUCCUUCAAUUCUCAAGGAAGUGCUUGUGUGGUGAAUCUUGGUUUGUUGGGUUGAAAGCGUAGCUUGUAGCCUUAACCAUCUCUCCCUGUGACCUUGAACAGCACAGUAGGCUACAGAGCUCAGCAGGAGUGAGGUCAGGAGCAGCACAGGGCCAUGUGGGCUACAUUUGGACUGUCACAAGACAAAGGUGGUUCUGUGAAUACUUAAGCGUUACAUACAGUUUUUGACCAUUUUUUGACAUGACCAUGUUAGAUUAAUACUGUACAAAUAUGUAUGUUUACUGCACUUGUUUUCUGUUUAUUUGCUCAUAAUUUGUUGUUUGAUAUGUUCAUCAUCUUGCCGUUUUCAAUGUUUUAAUCAUGUUGAUUUGCACCUGGCCAUUGAUUUCACUUUAUAGCUUAAUUUUUUUAACAACUUCAAUGUGAAUGUCAUGUAUUUUGUUAUAAUGUUAAUCGAUAUGUUACUUUGAAGUAUUUAUGAUAAUGUUUUUAUUGUGCAUCGCUUGGGUGCAUGUCAGACAUCAUAAAAUCUUGUGUUGGUGGCAAAAAUGGCCGAAAUGUUGGAGGAAACGUCACUGGAAAAUUGUACUUGUGAAGGACUGGAAGAUUGGACUUGUGAAGGACUGUGUUGUGUAGAGUGGUGCUUUAUGUGAACUUGUUCAAUGUGUGUUGUAGAGCUCAGAGUGGGUAGCUCACACUGAAACUAAUCACAGAGAAUGUAAUAGUCAUGUAUUACCCAUUAGGUGUUUCCUUCAGUUCAUUCAUACAGUGGGUUUACACUGUAGUUUGUUUAAAAGACCAGCGUGAGUUAUGCUGACGUUGUAUGGCAGUUGAUCAAUGAGUUUAAGAAUAAGUGUCACGUUUUCACUUAACAGCAGCAAUGUGGAUAUUUGUGAAUCAGUUGCUUUUAGCAUUCAGUUACAAUGUGCAGUGACUGUGAAGUGCAACAAAGGAAAACAGCCUGUGACCUGUAGUCUGUAUACAUGCAUAAUAUGAACAUUAAAAAUACAUUUUUUGA